GUUGAAGCGCUACUCAAAGGCGUUGUACAGCUAGUGGGAUGGUCCUAUCGAGUACGUCUUGCCACGUCCCCAAAUAUGAGACCGCAACACGUCGUUUGAAAGUGAUGCCAUUCUGCCACAUUAUUACACACAUGCAUUACACCGAUUUGGGUUAUUUACAGCUCUACGUGUAAACUGAACAAUAAUGACACGCGGAGCUUCUGUGCUAGCCAAGCUGUAAUCUCCAGAACAGCCUUUUGAACAAUUAUGGCGUAUGAAGACUUUAAACACGUACGCUUUUAAAACAAAUAUGUAGGUUUUCUCGAAACUUCUCUACACGUUUUAUAUUACUGCCAUCUGGUGGUCAAAAGAUAUGGCGUGUCUGCAAAACUGGCGUCCCGUUAAAUUAACGGGUUAUAAAUUAUGACAUUUGACACGUUAAUUGCGCACUAAUCACACAUCCAAAAGUAGCUUUUCUGACGAGUACAUAUAUUCAUAGAUAUGCAUACGAAUACAGUUAUUUAACACCACGUCACCUUCUGUAGCGUAACGAUAAAGCGGCUUACAACCGUACGCAUGCGCGUAUCGGGGGACGCUGAAGCCCUCACCAAGGGAACCAGCGAGUAUAGAAGUAGAUACAAGGGUCGAGCAACAAGAUCCAGAAGCGAUUCUCCACAUCAGAGGAUGCAACUGGCAGGACUGGGUUCUGAUCAAAAUAAAAUAACCCGGGAGCCCCAAUUCCCAUCCAAAAGGAGAGUGCCAUUUUAUCCACCUCAGGUAUCCAGCUCCCUGCAAUGGGAAAGACAAGAUCCGCAUCAACAACGCCAUGAGAGGAGCAGGCCUGUCACACCUCCUGCUGUCAAACCUGUGCCUAGAGCCACUAGUGUAGAAAGAGAGCAGACCCCACUGGCCCCAAGAGACAGCACACCACAAGAGGGCACCGCUGCACCGUCACAACAACAAGCAGCGGCCGUUCAGCCAAACAGGACCACUGCUGAGCAGACAAAAUUGAGACUGGCACAAAACAGAGUAAACCAUGCAUUGCGGAAACGAGCAGGACUGAAGUCAGAGCAACAGAGAAAUGGGCGCUUGAGCUCAGAGUACCAGAGACAGUUCAUGAGGAAAACCCCUGUGGCCGAUUCCCCCCUGUUAGCGGCACAAGAGAUGUUUUAUAAUGCCAAUAAAAUGAUCCCGCCCUUCAAGUCCAACAAAGUAAUCAUGGAAAGCGAGUACAGGAGAAACUUUAAAGGAUCACCACCUCCCAGACCCCCUCGCUUGAGACGAGAUGUUGAGCAGUGUGAGGUCCCUGAGAUUUUUAUCCAAGAGAAGAGAAAGAGGACGAAAAAGGAGAGGCAACGCAGUAGAAGGUCAAGCCCCAAAAACAAGUACCAACAACAAGAAGUAAGGAAGGCGAAUACUGAGUACAGCUCCAACUUUCGCUCUCCACUCCAGUACUGCUACAGAGAUGGCGCUUGGGUGAAGGCCAGAACUGCACAGGUGGAGGAGUGUGAACUUGAUCAGUGGUGGUAUCGUGAGGUGCAGGAGCUACAAGAGAGAGCAGAAGCCUACAGGAAAAGGGCAAGGGGGACUCAUUUUUCCCGUCAACACUUCAACCAGAUCAUGUCGGAGAACAACUGGAUGUGGGAGCCUUCCAAUGGCACCUCCUCCUCACCCUCUGUCAUAUCCGAGAACAGCAGCCCCAUCAUAGAGGGUCUGGAUCUGGCCAGCCCUGGACCUUCUGCUUCUGUGGCAUCCAGCAGGAGAAGCUCUACUGGAGAGAUGCCUCAUGCGGAAGGUCCCACCCUCCUUGUACAAAGAAAGUUGGCUUGGGAUGAAAAAGCAGGGCCUGGAGAAAGAACUGAGGUCGAGGUUUUACACAAGGACCAGAAUUCUGAAGAUGGCCAUGUGGAACCACAUGUGAAUGGGACGAUUAUGGACAAAAACCAGAGGUUGAGGGUUUUGGAAACUGACUCAUCAUCAGCAGCAGUGGGAGGGCCUGGAGGUUCUAUCAACGGGGGCGGAUUGCCGACCCCUAAACUUAAGACUACGCAAACAGUACAAAGGAUACAUCAUGACCGCACCACUCCGGCUACUGGUACCCUACAGGUCUCUCCUCCAAAGAUCAAAAAUUCCUUUAAAACUUGGAAAAGCGAGUCACCUUUAGGAAACCCCCACUCUCCUUACAGACAUAUUGAUGGAUCUCCACAGCGACCAAACAGCAAGGCUGUGAACAGCAGCUCCCCAAACUCCUCACCAGCUGCAGGCCUCACCACCAUAGAUCCGCUUCCCAUUCGAUAUGAUGCAUGGUCUGAUGAGGAGCCCCAAUCCUCUAAUCCAAGACAGGCCAAGCCAUCACAAACACAGGAUAGACAACGUCUCAAAGCCAUUGUCACUUCACCUGCCAACAAAAUCCAGGGCACCAUGAGAAACCCGGAGUUUCAGCAUAACGGUAAUCUGGGAAUUUUUCGGCCAGAGCUGUUUGUGUUUCCUGAAUCUGACUCUGCUGUGUCAGACAAUGAUGAUAAGAUGUCUCAGAUCUCUUCUAGAUCAGCAGCUUCAUGCUCCAUGGCGUCUGAGAUCCUCGACCGUGCUCAGAGAAGAAAGGACGAAUUUUGGGGAAAAAGAUAAUUUGUAAAAGUUCAGGAUUUAAUUUUUUUCCCCAACCAUUUUGUUUUUAUACCAUAUUGUAUUGUGCUGUCGAGCUGUAUUUAAAAUGAAAAAAAAAAUGUAUUUGAUCUGUUUGACUUUAGACCACAAUUGUGUGCUCAGUAAAUGUUUAGCUAAUAAGACAAUGCAAUUGAAAAUAACACGUUUUCGGAAAAUGAAAUGGACCAUAAUUUGCAAAAAUUCAUUAAUAAAAUAAAAAAUAAUGAAACAUC